AGGGAAGAUGGAGGAUGAUGAUGUUCUGCUCAGAAGAAUUCAACCUGCAGCAUCAUCGCAGCUAAUACAAACCGAUGGAAGCUAAUACAAGCUAAUAGCAGCCAAACGAAGCUAAUGGAAGCUAACAGCAGCUAAACGAAGCUAGUAGCAGCAAAGUAGGUCUUGAAAAAUGUUGGAUUGUUAAAAGAAUGGCCGCCCCAACCAACAUCAGACAGCCAUGAAUCCCCAGGAGACAGAGCUCGGCAAGGAUCUUAAGCCGGAGUCCAAUGCGCCGCCUUGCCAUCGUCACAACAGCAGAUCCCACAGUCACCCCAACCAAGAAAAAACACCCCCGCGUUGUGACACGCCAACUGAAGGAAGUGGCAUCUGCGGAGCCUCCGGUGAGCCUUCGCUACACGCACCACGAGAGCAAGACAUGGAGAUGCAACAUGGGGCAAAGUCUCUGCCGGCCCAGCAGCCCAUUCCCCGCCCUGCGGUGACACGUUACCGCAGACAGGGAGACAGUGAGGCCCGCGUUCGAGCCCAGCAGCAAAGGUACAGACAGAGACAGCAGAGAGAGAUGGAGAGAGCACAACUCUUAGCACAAGAGGCGCGGCACGCCGAUACGUCCCAGGAAGAUGAUCGAGAGAGGGAUGAUUCAGUAUUAGCCCGCUCCGCGAGCACGGAGAGCGGUUUUCACACCCAUACAGACCGAGCCGAGGGCGAUGAUAGCUUGUUAAUGGCGUCGCUGGAGGACGAGACGAUGAACUACGGGGUUCCGCUGCGUCCCGAGGCAGAGGGCUACGCCGAGAGAUCAGAGUCUGAACAACAAGUUCUCCAUCAGCAUUCAAACUACCCGCGCCAACUGGCACCUCGACCGUAUGACCCGCAGUCUGACUCCCAGACACACGAGGACUCCGAUGCGACGUCGACUCUGGGGUACUCCAACUACAUUUAUACUCAAUCUCCCAACUUCUCUGGAGGAAACCUGGAUAAUUUGGAUGCAGAAGUUGCAGAAGAAGCAUACUCGGAGCCGUAUGACAUCUACUCGCUCUCUGAGCACGUGUAUGAAGAAAUCUGUGACGCUCCUACGCUGGUUUCUUCGGCAGCAGACGCAGGAGCCGAGGACAGAGAGUCGCUCCAGCAGAGAAGGGCUAACUUUCGUCUACUGGAUGGUCCGGCCGCAGGAGGCGACUACCACCAGCAAGAGGCUGUGGGCUCCCGUCUGCGGCACUAUGACGAGCGCUCAGACGGGGAGUCUGACAGUCCAGAAAAAGAGGCGGAAUUCGCCCCAUACCCUCGUGCUGACAGCUGCGAGCAGGACGAAGACGUGGAUGGCCACGUGGCCGAGGUCAAGGAAAGCUCUACAAGUCUUCAACGUAUUACCGAAGAUGCCGUCGACGAAGAAAAUGAAUGUGUGCAAGCUGACAUGCUCCAAUCAGAUGACCACACCCAUUCCGAUAAAAGUGCCACAGAUGCUAAGCAGAAACAGCAUGCUAAAAAAAGGACUUUGAGUCCAUCAGAGGAGACGGCAGUCUCAGCACUUGGGAAUAGUCAGGAGAAGCGGGAUGCUAUAUCUUUGGCCAUCAAGGACAUCAAGGAGGCAAUCGAGGAGGUGAAGACCAGAGCGGUGAGAUCUCCUUACACUCCCGAUGAACCCAAGGAGCCAAUUUGGGUCAUGAGGCAAGACCUCAGCCCCACUACAGAGUGUGACCUGCAAACGUCGCUUGGAGGAGAAUCUCCUGGUUCUGGUUCUCCUUCUCCUCCUGGAGCCGAAUCAGCCAGCAGACUUCUACUAGCAGACGACAGUUUUGAAUUGUCCCCCUCCAGUAAAGAGUCCAGAAGAAGUCUUGCAUCCUUCCCCACGUAUGUUGAAGUCCCAGGCCCGUGUGACCCGGAGGACCUGAUCGAUGGCAUAAUCUUUGCAGCCAACUACCUGGGGUCCACUCAGUUGCUGUCAGACAAGACGCCCUCAAAGAACAUUCGCAUGAUGCAGGCGCAGGAGGCCGUCAGUCGCAUCAAGACGGCCCAGAAAAUAGCCCAGAACAGAAAAAAGGCACCUGAAGACGAGGCCCAGCCCAUGACGGAGGUCGAUCUCUUCAUCUCCACCCAGAGAAUUAAAGUACUGAAUGCAGAUUCUCAGGAGACCAUGAUGGACCAUCCUCUGCGGACCAUUUCCUACAUUGCAGACAUCGGCAACAUUGUGGUUCUGAUGGCCCGGCGUCGAAUGCCUCGGCAGGAUUCUCAAGAACACAUGGAGGCCUCCGAGCCAGAGUCCGACACCAAGCGUCAGUACAAGAUGAUAUGUCACGUCUUUGAAUCUGAGGAUGCCCAGCUUAUUGCCCAGUCUAUUGGGCAGGCCUUCAGUGUGGCUUACCAGGAGUUCUUGAGGGCCAACGGCAUUAACCCUGAGGACCUGAGCCAGAAGGAAUACAGUGACCUGCUCAACACACAGGACAUGUACAAUGAUGACCUCAUUCACUUCUCCAAGUCGGAGAACUGCAAAGAUGUGUUCAUGGAAAAAGCUAAAGGUGAGAUUGUCGGUGUCGUCAUCGUGGAGAGCGGCUGGGGUUCCAUCCUGCCGACUGUCAUCAUUGCCAACAUGAUGCAUGGCGGCCCGGCAGAGAGGUCGGGGAGACUGAACAUAGGUGAUCAGAUCAUGUCCAUCAACGGUACCAGUUUGGUGGGUCUGCCGCUGUCCACCUGUCAGAGUAUCAUUAAGGGUCUCAAAAACCAGUCCCGCAUCAAGAUGAACGUGGUGCGAUGUCCUCCGGUGACCACGGUGCUCAUCAGGCGACCAGACCUCCGCUAUCAGCUGGGCUUCAGUGUCCAGAACGGCAUUAUCUGUAGUCUCAUGCGUGGCGGGAUUGCCGAAAGGGGCGGAGUUAGAGUGGGUCACCGCAUCAUUGAGAUCAACAGCCAGAGCGUUGUGGCCACACCCCAUGAAAAGAUUGUUCAUAUCCUGUCCAAUGCGGUGGGAGAGAUCCACAUGAAGACAAUGCCUGCAGCUAUGUACCGCCUGCUCACGGCCCAGGAACAGCCCGUUUACAUUUAAAUAGCUGAUGAAAAGGUGGGUUUGAAACUUCCUUUUACCACUUCCCCAACCUGCCUCUCUGCUUUGACCAGCAACACAUCCUGCAACGUCUGUCCGCUGGUGAUGAACCAAAGUCCGUUUCCGGAGCCCACAUUGUACCGUAUGACACCAAUGGGAUCUUUUAUGUAUUUAUGUAGUUGUUUGCACAUUUACGAUGACAAUAUGAGGAUGACGUUUCACAAGUGGCCCUGCUGUACCUUAUAUAUCUCACAUUUGACACGACUUUGCCGUCUAGCACCUCAAGUUAUUGAAGGGCAGUGCUUCCCAAAACUUUCUUCUACCCCUCGAGACAUUUGACACCCAACGCCAUGUGCGCCCGAAUCCCAAAAAAAGAAUAAAAAAGUGUCUGUAAGCUCCACUUCCCAGAACACUCACACACCUUAAACGGUAUCUCACCAAACUAAAUGAACUACAGUAAAGUCUCGUUAUAUCGAUAUCGGUUACAACGAAUUACUGCUUAUUACGAUACUAUUUUCAUUUCCCGGCAAAUUUCUAGUCUUUUAUGAUAUAAUUACUUCCGUUAGUACGAUACCCGGUUAUUAUAAUAAUCCGGUUACUACGAUGCCCUUUUCACCUCCCGCCAGCCAAUUUGGUCUGCUUAUAUCGAUACAAAAGCAGCUUAAAUCAAUCUUUGCUUAAGGAUUUCAAUACCAAAAAAGAUUUAUUAUUU